AUGGAUGCUCAUGAGUUUCUUAAUUAUCUUCUCAACAAAAUAGCCGACAUAAUAAGAGCCGAACAACAACCAACCGGAGUAGAAGAUGCUGAAGAUCCUAGUGAUUGUGAAAUGACUGGUGUUUCAGAAAGUAAUCGAAAGCAUAGUGGCCGUAAUUGGAUUCAUGAGAUCUUCCAAGGAAGCUUGACCAAUGAAACUAGGUGCCUUAACUGUGAUAAUGUUCGCACGAAAGAGGAAAAUUUCCUCGAUCUAUCAGUUGAUGUCGGAGAAAAUGUUGAUAUAUCUUAUUGUCUCCGUUGCUUUUCCGAUACUGAAACAAUGCGUUCAGACAAUAAGUAUUACUGUGAAUUUUGUCGUUGCAAGCAAGAAGCUCAGAGACGGAUGCGCAUUAAAAAGCCACCUUUACUUCUGGCCCUGCAUUUGAAGCGAUUCAAGUAUUCAGAAAAUCUCAAUCGGUUUAUCAAGUUGUCCUACAGAGUCGCCUUCCCUAUGGAAUUAAGAUUAUUCAACACGUCUAGUGACUCAUCUAAUGAUGAUCGUCUAUAUAAUCUUAUGGCUGUUGUCGUUCACUCAGGCUCUGGACCAAAUCGUGGACAUUAUGUAACACUUGUGAAGUCUCAUGGAUUAUGGUUUUUGUUUGAUGACGAACUAGUUGAAAAAAUCCAUCGCACCAAUAUUGAAGACUUUUUUGGUUCGUCUACGGAAACCUCGAAAUCUUCUUAUACAGCUUACAUUCUUUUCUAUUUAGACGCUAAAGUUGCUUCAAGUACAUCAACAGCUACUGAUAAUACUUCUACAAUAGUUAAUAAUAGUACCAUAGGCGUUGGUGGCAGUAAUGGUAGCCCUACCAGUUCAAUGUCAUCUGGAUGUAUCACCUAA